AACUCUGUGGGCAGUGUCAAAAGUUUAAUUGUGGGAAAAAACACACAAUUUUUUUCUCUAUCUGGAGGAGAAGACAGCCUGGAUUUCAAAAUUGAGCAGUGAAGUGGUUUGCAACAGUUACCUGGCUCUUGGCCUCAGUCCAGCUGAAUCAAGUUGAGACCUGAAAAGAGAUCUUGGAUCCUGUGGCAGUGCAAAGACCCAAGAAUGCCAGUCAAGAAGAAAGAUACUGACCGGGCUUUAUCAUUACUGGAAGAAUACUGCAAAAAAUUAAGGAAACCAGAGGAACAACAGUUGAAAAAUGCUGUUAAAAAGGUGAUGGGUAUCUUUAAGAGCAGCUUAUUCCAAGCUUUGCUAGAUAUUCAAGAAUUUUAUGAGGUGACUUUGCUAAAUUCUCAAAAAAGUUGUGAUCAGAAGAUAGAAGAAGCCAAUCGAGUUGCACAGAAAUGGGAGAAGACAUCCCUUCUUGCUCCGUGCCAUGAUAACCUUCAAAAAUCUGCAGAGCUUACAGAUUGCAGUGGGCCGAAAGAAAAUGCUUCAUGUAUUGAGCAAAAUAAAGACAAUCAGUGUUUUGAAAAUGAAACUGACAAAAAGACAAGACAAAACCAAGGCAAAUGCCCAGCCCAGAAUUGUUCAGUGGAAGCCCCUGCUUGGAUGCCUGUCCACCACUGUACUAAGUAUCGAUACCAAGAUGAGGACGCUCCACACGAUCAUUCCUUACCUCGACUAACCCAUGAAGUAAGAGGACCAGAGCUGGUGCACGUAUCAGAAAAGAACCUGUCUCAAAUAGAAAAUGUCCAUGGAUACGUCUUGCAGUCUCACAUCUCUCCUCUGAAGGCCAGCCCUGCUCCUAUAAUUGUCAACACAGAUACUUUGGACACGAUUCCUUAUGUCAAUGGAACAGAAAUUGAAUAUGAGUUUGAAGAAAUUACAUUGGAAAGGGGGAAUUCUGGCCUGGGAUUCAGUAUUGCUGGAGGGACAGAUAAUCCCCACAUUGGAGAUGACCCUGGCAUAUUUAUUACGAAGAUUAUACCGGGUGGUGCUGCUGCAGAGGAUGGCAGACUCAGGGUCAAUGAUUGUAUCUUGCGGGUGAAUGAGGUCGACGUGUCAGAGGUUUCCCACAGUAAAGCCGUGGAAGCUCUCAAAGAAGCGGGGUCUAUCGUUCGCCUGUAUGUGCGCAGAAGACGACCCAUUUUGGAGACUGUUGUGGAGAUCAAACUGUUCAAAGGACCUAAAGGUUUAGGCUUCAGUAUUGCAGGAGGUGUGGGGAACCAGCACAUUCCUGGAGACAACAGCAUUUAUGUAACUAAAAUUAUAGAUGGAGGAGCUGCACAAAAAGAUGGAAGGUUGCAAGUAGGAGACAGACUGCUAAUGGUAAACAACUACAGUUUAGAAGAAGUGACGCAUGAAGAGGCAGUAGCUAUACUGAAGAACACAUCCGAUGUCGUUUAUCUAAAAGUCGGCAAACCCACCACCAUUUACAUGACUGAUCCUUAUGGGCCACCUGAUAUUACUCACUCUUAUUCUCCACCGAUGGAAAACCAUCUACUCUCUGGCAACAAUGGAACUUUAGAAUAUAAAACUUCCCUGCCGCCCAUCUCUCCAGGAAGGUACUCACCGAUUCCAAAGCACAUGCUUGUUGAAGACGAUUAUACCAGGCCUCCGGAACCCGUUUACAGCACUGUGAACAAACUGUGUGAUAAGCCUGCUUCUCCCAGGCACUAUUCCCCUGUUGAGUGUGACAAAAGCUUCCUUCUCUCAGCUCCCUACCCCCACUACCACCUAGGCCUGCUCCCUGACUCUGAGAUGACCAGUCAUUCUCAACACAGCACUGCAACCCGCCAGCCUUCAGUGACUCUCCAGCGGGCCAUCUCCCUGGAAGGGGAGCCCCGCAAGGUAGUCCUGCACAAAGGCUCCACUGGCCUGGGCUUCAACAUCGUGGGCGGGGAAGACGGAGAAGGUAUUUUUGUAUCCUUCAUUCUGGCUGGUGGACCAGCAGACCUGAGUGGGGAACUCCAGAGAGGAGACCAGAUCUUAUCCGUGAAUGGCAUCGACCUCCGCGGAGCAUCUCACGAGCAGGCCGCCGCUGCCCUGAAGGGGGCUGGACAGACGGUGACCAUUAUAGCACAAUACCAGCCUGAAGAUUACGCUCGAUUUGAGGCCAAAAUCCAUGACCUGCGCGAGCAGAUGAUGAACCACAGCAUGAGCUCCGGGUCCGGGUCCCUGCGAACCAAUCAGAAACGCUCCCUGUAUGUCAGAGCCAUGUUUGACUAUGACAAGAGCAAGGACAGUGGGCUGCCAAGUCAAGGACUUAGUUUUAAAUAUGGAGAUAUUCUCCACGUUAUCAACGCCUCUGAUGACGAGUGGUGGCAAGCCAGGAGAGUCACGCUGGAGGGGGACAGUGAAGAGAUGGGGGUCAUCCCCAGCAAACGGAGGGUGGAAAGAAAGGAGCGUGCCCGGUUGAAGACAGUGAAGUUUAAUGCGAAACCUGGAGUGAUUGAUUCAAAAGGGUCAUUCAAUGACAAGCGUAAAAAGAGCUUCAUCUUUUCACGAAAAUUCCCAUUCUACAAGAACAAGGAGCAGAGUGAGCAGGAAACCAGUGAUCCUGAACAACAUGUCUCUUCUAAUGCCAGCGAUAGCGAAAGUAGCUACCGAGGGCAAGAAGACUUCAUUCUUUCUUAUGAGCCUGUCACAAGGCAGGAAAUAAACUAUACCCGGCCAGUGAUUAUCCUGGGCCCCAUGAAGGAUCGGAUCAAUGACGACUUGAUAUCUGAAUUCCCCGACAAGUUUGGCUCCUGUGUGCCUCAUACCACGAGGCCAAAGCGUGACUAUGAGGUAGAUGGCAGAGACUACCACUUUGUCAUUUCCAGAGAACAAAUGGAGAAAGAUAUCCAAGAGCACAAGUUCAUAGAAGCUGGCCAGUACAAUGACAACUUAUAUGGAACCAGUGUGCAGUCUGUGAGAUUCGUAGCAGAAAGGGGCAAACACUGUAUACUUGACGUGUCAGGAAAUGCUAUCAAACGGUUACAAGUUGCCCAGCUCUAUCCCAUUGCCAUCUUCAUUAAGCCCAAAUCUCUGGAACCUUUGAUGGAGAUGAAUAAGCGUCUAACAGAGGAACAAGCCAAGAAAACCUAUGAUCGUGCAAUUAAGCUAGAACAAGAAUUUGGAGAAUAUUUUACAGCUAUCGUCCAAGGAGACACCUUAGAAGAUAUAUAUAAUCAAUGCAAGCUUGUUAUUGAAGAGCAGUCUGGGCCUUUCAUCUGGAUUCCCUCAAAGGAAAAGUUAUAAAUUAGCUACUGCACCUCCAACAAUGACAGAAGAGCAUUUAGAAGAAAAAAAUAUAUAUAAUAUACUACUUGGAGGCUUU